AUGUUCGCUCCCGAGGCAGAGAUCUGGUAUGGCAUCCCAGAGUUCAACCUGCUGGCCAGAAACAUCUCUCUUCCUGGAGCUUCGCCCUUGUUCCCUGAUGUUCACUGUACCGAGGAUGGAGAUGUCUGCCAGGUUAUCACAGGAGAAUCCGAGAUCAAUGCUGCAGUCACCAUCGCCUCUUUGGUCCGUAGCCCUCGCUUCGACCUGACCAGCUCUUACUUCAUGAUCGCUGGUAUUGCUGGAAUCAACCCCGAGGUCGCUACCAUCUGCUCCGUCACCUUCGCUCGCUACGCCGUCCAGGUCGCUCUUCAGCACGAAUUCGACCCUCGCGAUAUCCCUGGCAACUACAGCACUGGCUACAUCCCUCUCGGUGCCACCAUUCCUUCCGAGUACCCUCAGAACAUCUACGGCACCGAGGUCUUCGAGGUCAACCAGGACCUGCAAAAGAUUGCUGCAAACUUUGCCCGCAAGGCUACCCUCAACGACUCUGCCGCUGCUGUCGCUUACCGCGCCUUGUACGCCCACGACGAGAUCUACGCUGCUGGUGCUUCUCCCAGCGGCCCCAGUGUAGUCGAGUGCGAUGUCGCUACCUCGGACGUCUACUACUCCGGCAAACUUCUCGGCGAAGCCUUUGGAAACUUCACCACUUUGAUCACCAACGGCACUGGCAACUACUGCUCGACCGCCCAAGAAGACAACGCCACCCUUGAGGCUCUGCUGCGCGCAGCUUCCGAGAAACUUGUCGAUUACAGCAGAGUCAUUGUCAUGAGAACUGCUUCUGACUUUGACCGUCCUUUCCUCGGCGGCUCGGCUACGCACAACUUGUUCGAGUCUUCAGAACAAGGUGCUUUCCUGCCUGCUGUCAACAACCUUUACCUCGCCGGUAUCAAGGUCGUCGAGGGUAUUCUCGAGGGCUGGAACAGCACCUUUGCACAUGGCGUCAAUGCCACAAACUAUGUUGGCGAUAUCUUUGGAACUCUUGGUGGUGAGCCUGACUUUGGUCUUGGUCCUGUCGUUUCUGGCGAUAUCCUCAGCAAGAGAGAUGUUCCCAUGAAGAGAAACGCCAUGGGUAGAAGAAGCAUGCCUGCCCGCCUUAUUCGUGCUUAA